AUGACGGCGCCUUUACCAUGUAGUCCCUCCAAGCCCUUUCCCGGUGACAACGCCGACAGCCGGGUGGUUGUGAGCCAGGCACGAGAGGCCAAGGUGGUGCAAGAUUUCCCACCAUCUCUUGAGGAUUCGGGGCCAGCGUGGUGUUCAUCGCAUUCGGCGCGCUCAACCCAGCAAUUGAAAAAAGACUGGGAGAACCCGGAGACGACGGAUCGACAAACACCGGCUGCCUCCUUCUCCGGGACCCACUUCUCGGCUCGGGGCAAGCCGCGGCCGGAGUUCCCAGAGCUUUCAACCCCAGCAUUGUUUUCACGGACCUAA